CUGAGGAUAGGACAAAAACUGCCACGCAAGCCCCGGCUUCCCAAACACCAGAGUGCAGGUCUCCUAGCUACAAUUACAGGCUGUGCCCCUCCCAGCUCCACCCUGUGAGACAUGAAGACCCCCCUGUGGACCCUGCUGCUACUGUGCCUGUGUGUCCCGGGACGGUGUGACUGCCAGAGGGACUGUCUGUCCUGCGGACUGCUCCUCCCCCAGCACCACGCCUUCGACACGCUGGUCUGCCUGGUCGAGUGUGAGGGGAAGAUCUCCCCAGGCCUCACCUGGGAGCUGUGUCGCCAGGCCGUGGACCUACCGCAGUUGCCCUCCCUGCCAGCAGGUGGCGACGUGCUGAAGAGAGGCGAGGAGGAGGAAGUGCCGGCCCUGCCGUCUAUGGACAUGGAGGACAGGGGGCUGCUGUACACCGAGGCCCUGCAGCGCUUCCACCAUGCGGCGCGGGCCCUGGGCGUGGACCAGCCGGGCGACGGCGAGCAGCAGACGGACAGGUUCGACAGCAACUACCAAGAGGAAGAAACAGAACAGGAGGGCGGGGAGGAGGAAGCGGACAGCGCGGCGGGGCCGGAGGGUGAGGGGGGCGUCGUAGACGUGUCCAAACGCUUCGGCGGCUUCCUGAAGGGGAAGCACGCAUACAGGAAGCUGAUGGACCCCGGGCGGCAUCUGCAGAAGCGCUAUGGCGGCUUCAUCGGCAUCCGCAAGUCCGCCCGCAAGUGGAACAACCAGAAGCGCUUCAGCGAGUUCCUCAAGCAGUACCUGGGCAUGACCGCCCGCUCCAGCCACUUCAACAGCCUGACCGCGGACCUCACCCGGCAGAACGAGGUGUAACGGCUGGCAGCCCCCGAGGGCUCUCACUUACCCUCCCCCCUCCCCCCCGCUCGCAGUACCUCAACACAGCAACUAUGACCAC